UAACUUUUUACCCAAUAGUUCUACUUGAUGUAGUCCCAUUUAGCCUACUAAAAUAUAUGGAAAUAAACUACAUAAGGUUUACUUGUCCUUUCUAGUCUACUAUUAUUUUUCAGUUAGUUAAAAUGAUUAUGUUUUUUUUUUGUUUUUUUUUGCUACAUAUUACUGAUUAUUGAAACUGAUAAUUCAUGUUGAACGCAUGUCUGUUUGGAGUCACUUGAACUGCUCUCUGAUCAAUUUAAGUGUUCAUGUAAUUUUCAUAACGUCUGUUUUGUUAUGUCCAGUCUUGUGUGAGACAUACAUUUAAUGAUAUUUUAGCUUACAUGAGUGGUACGCUGUUUACUGAUAAGAUUGUGGUUGUUAUCUCGCUGUUUGUUUAGAGGCGAAAGCGUGAGGCGCGGGUGAUUGACGGGUGAAAAUCCCGCCCCCUUUUCGGAGCACAGGCACUUGCAGCGGUGCGUGAAUCUACUCCGCCGCGAGGACAGCAGAAGUUUCUUUGGACGAACCGUUCACCGGAUUCUCAAAUGAAUAGGUUUGAAGCCAUUAACAGAGGCUUACUGUGAAGACGCCGAGGAUACAUUAGAUGCGUUUUCCUCAAAGCUUUGAAAAAUGAAGCUUUGGAGUUUUGUGUUACCUGUUGUCUUGUAUGCAGUAUCUGCACAAGGGGGGUCAAAGCUGCAAGAGCCAUGUGCGGGCCGGGACUGUAGAGGAGCGUGUCCAUGUUUGCCCUUAAAGGGUAGCAGGGGGCGGCCGGGGGAACUUGGACAAGUGGGCAGCAAUGGUCCUGAGGGUUUCAUUGGGAGCCCAGGACCAGUUGGGCCCAAAGGAGAAAAGGGCCAUGUAGGACGCAAAGGGCCCUCUGGACUAAAUGGAGAUAAGGGCCCAAUGGGUGUUCCUGGGUUUUCUGGAAAUGAUGGUGUUCCUGGACACCCUGGUCAGGAGGGGCCCAGGGGACCCCCAGGUCUUGACGGAUGUAAUGGCACACGAGGUGACCCAGGUGACAGAGCCGCUAAUGGAUUUCCUGGUAUUCCUGGUGCUCCUGGAUACCCUGGUCAGAAAGGUCAAAAAGGAGAACCGUAUUAUAGGAUACCACAAUUUGUGAGUGAAGGCCCUCCAGGUCCAGCAGGAUUUCCAGGUCCAUUGGGGCCCAGAGGUCCAGAUGGAUUUCCUGGUCUACCUGGUCCACCUGGUCCUCCUGGACCUCCAGGAAGUCCAGGUCAAGGAUACAAAGGGGAGCCAGGAGAAAAGGGAGAAGUGGGCCAGCCCGGUGACCCAGGCCUCCCUCGGGGCAAUGGAGUGGUGGAGUUUGUUGGCUUUCCAAAAGGAGACAAAGGAACUAAGGGUGAAAAAGGCUAUGCCGGUAAUCCAGGUCUUCCCGGGAGACCAGGACCAACAGGCCCAUCUGGUUAUAAAGGUGAGACUGGAGAAAAGGGAAUCCUGGGCUUGCCAGGCUCGAGGGGUCCACCUGGUCUGAAUGGUCCUCCUGGGCUCUCAGGGAGAAAAGGCUUCACUGGGGAUCCGGGUUUUCCAGGCCAAUCAGGUUUUACUGGCCCAAAAGGUGACAGAGGAGACCCAGGUCCACCUGGACCGAUUUUGGAACCAACAAAUGGAAUUAAAGGUCCUCAAGGUGAUCCUGGCUUUUCUGGUUAUCCGGGGCUAACUGGGGAUACAGGUUUUCCAGGGUUUCCUGGUCCACCUGGUCCUCCUGGAGCACCUGCUUUUAUCACAGGUCGCCCUGGCAUUUCUGGGUUCCCUGGUAGUCGUGGACCCAAAGGACAGAAGGGAAACCCAGGUCGGGGUUCUUAUGGUCCUGAAGGUCUUCCCGGAAGUCAGGGCCUUUCUGGACCUCCUGGUCUCCCUGGACCACCGGGCAGUACAUUAAACAUGUUCUUAGAUGCACUACCUGGUGUGCGGGGUCAGCCUGGUCAAAGAGGAUCUCCUGGAGACAGAGGCUAUAAAGGGUUUAAAGGAGAAAAUGGUGACUGCAACUGUUUGGGUGGAGGAACGACGGGUGCACAAGGACUUCAAGGGCCUCCAGGGGCCCCAGGUUUCCGAGGAUCUAAUGGUGUGAAGGGAGAAAUUGGUGACCAAGGCUUCCCAGGACCUCGUGGACCACAGGGCUUUGAUGGUCGUGCGGGUGAGAGAGGCUUUUAUGGGCGUAAAGGAGAGAAAGGUAAUUCUUUCAUCCCACAAGGAAGAGGACAAAAAGGUGAUUUGGGUCAGCAGGGUCUUCCUGGUCCACUUGGAGCAAGCGGCAACCCCGGAAGGGAUGGAUCUCCUGGCUUCCCUGGACAACCAGGUCCACCUGGGGACCCUGGUUUUGGGGUGACUGGAGAUAAAGGUUUUCCUGGGAUCCCAGGGUUCAAAGGUCGUCCCGGUGCCAGUGGCGAUCCUGGUAUUGGUUAUCCCGGUGUAGCUGGGUUCAAAGGGUCACAAGGUGAUCCUGGAUUCAAUGGUCUUCCUGGAACACCUGGACUUAAAGGUUCUGCAGGUGACAGCUGUGGGCAGGCGGGGCUUAAUGAUGCCUCUUUGGAAGAGGGAGGAACACCACUGCCCUGUAGGAUUCCUGGUGAACAAGGACAUCCAGGAUUCUCUGGACGUCCUGGGGUGCCAGGGCCAAAGGGUCAGCCUGGUUCCCAAGGAGUAAAUGGGCGCCCAGGGUUUGAUGGGCCAAAAGGUGAAAUAGGAGAACCAGGCUCUGGAGGACAGCCAGGACCUCAGGGUUUCCCCGGACCCAGAGGAGAUCCAGGUUUACCAGGAACAACUAAUGCCGGCUUACCAGGGUCUCCAGGAAGAAAUGGUUUUCCAGGUGUGCCAGGAGCUAAAGGAGAACCCGGUGUGGUGUUUGGGGCCACCCCUGGAGGUCCAGGUUCUCCAGGGAGACCAGGAGAGCCAGGAGACAAGGGUCAACCUGGGACACCUGGUUUACCUGGAAGGCCUGGUAAUGAUGGACGCAAUGGUUUUCCUGGCAUAAAGGGUGAGCGAGGUGUGGAUGGAAAACCUGGUCUCGUAGGUCCCAUAGGUCCACCAGGAGAAAUCCCUUCCGGGGGUAUACCUGGUCCCAGAGGGCCACCUGGAGCUAAAGGAUUUGAAGGACAUCAAGGUUCCCCUGGGCUGAAGGGUAUGAGAGGAGAUCCGGGGCCUCCAGGGCCUGGUGGAAUAAAGGGUAUACCAGGAUUACCUGGCAUCCCAGGGCCACAGGGAUUUAGGGGACCUCCUGGACCCACUGGAAUUGCAGCACGUCCAGGCAGACCAGGAAGACCAGGAAUAAAGGGGGUGAAGGGGUCUUCCGGGCUUUUGGGGUUCCCAGGAUCACUUGGUUUUCCUGGAGUCCCAGGUGACCCAGGAGUUAAAGGUUUACCUGGCUUCACUGGGCAGGAUGGCUUACCAGGGGAAGUUGGAUCAAAAGGACUCAAAGGGAAUCGCGGUCCUCCUGGUCUUCCAGGACCCUCUCCUACAGUUAUUCCAUUAGAUGAGCUGGAAAAGGGUGGAAGAGGUGACCAAGGAGCUGGUGGACUGCCUGGUUUCACAGGACCAAGAGGUGAUAAGGGUUUUCCAGGGCGACCUGGACGUGAAGGCUUUCCUGGAUUACCUGGUGUUGCAGGCCAAGUAAAAGGUUUACCUGGCCAGCCUGGAAUCCCAGGUUUUCCUGGCCCCUCUGGCUUCCCUGGGUCUAAAGGUUUACCUGGAGUUAUGGGCUUCCCUGGCUCAGCAGGCCUUAGGGGUGAUGAUGGUGUGCCUGGGGCUCAAGGGUUCCCGGGCAAUCAAGGACAAUCUGGUGUCAAAGGUGAAAAAGGUGACUCAUACGAAUUAUCUGGACCUCCUGGACCAAAGGGUGCGUUCGGAAAUCCUGGAUUCCGAGGUGGUCCAGGACUUCCAGGUGAACCAGGUGAUUCAGGUUUACCAGGAGUCUUAGGAUUUCGAGGCCAGAAAGGUUUUCCUGGUGAGCCAGGAGCACCAGGAUAUUCUGGCUCACCAGGCCUCCCAGGCAUCAGGGGCCUUCCUGGAUAUCCAGGACUAAAGGGGCGUGAUGGAGAUCCAGGCCGUCCUGGAGCUCCAGGCUCACCAGGAGAGAAAGGUUUUCCAGGCUCACCUGGUUUAGAUGGACUCAAUGGUCUUCCAGGAUCCAAGGGGCAGCCUGGAGUUCCAGGUGUGACUGAAGAUGCUCGGCCUGGAGCUCCUGGUUUGAGUGGUCGGAAGGGAGAGAGAGGCUCAUCACAACCCGGUGGACCUGGCCGCCCUGGAGAGAAAGGAUUCAAAGGAGACACUGGUGCUCCUGGUUUGAGAGGCUACCCUGGUAAUCCAGGCCCUCCUGGGCCACCUAGUCUUUCUAAUAUCCCAGGUCCUCCUGGAGACCCUGGACUUCCAGGAUUAGAUGGACGAGAAGGUCCCGUUGGCCCUCCUGGUCUGCGUGGUCCACCAGGCCCUGGAACAGUCCAAGGAGAUAGAGGAGAUCCUGGAUUUCCAGGGCUACCAGAAAUACCAGGAGCACGUGGAGACCCCGGUGAUUUUGGAGCCUCUGGACUUCCAGGCAACCCUGGUUUUAAAGGGCAAAGAGGUGACCCUGGCUAUAGUGGUGUACCUGGACCACCAGGGUUCCUUGGAGAACCAGGAGAUUAUGGCAGGAAUGGACUCAAAGGAUCAAAGGGUUUUCCUGGUCCUAAGGGACUUCCAGGUGUUGUGUUCCCAAGUAAUCAGACUCGCAAUAUGGAAAAUGGGGAUCCGGGCCCACCAGGUGUUGAUGGAUUUGUUGGCCAGAUAGGAAUGCCAGGCCUGCCAGGCAGUCCAGGAGUCCCAGGUCCCAAAGGAUUUAGAGGGCCAGUGGGUAGACUUGGUCCAGUUGGUCCAGCUGGAUCUCCGGGAACUUAUGGUGACACUGGACCUCCAGGAAUCCAAGGAGCCACAGGAAACCAAGGACCCCGUGGCAAACCAGGAUUGCCAGGUCUUCCUGCUCCACCGGUGCGCAGUAGUGGUAUUGGUUAUACUUUGGUGAAACACAGUCAGUCCAGCCAGAUGCCCAUGUGUCCUCAAGGCAUGUCCAAGCUAUGGGAGGGAUACAGUUUGCUGUAUGUGGAGGGGCAAGAGAAAGCACACAACCAGGACCUGGGAUUGCCUGGCUCAUGUCUGCCACAUUUCAGCACUAUCCCCUUCCUGUACUGCACAGUCAAUGAAAUUUGCCACUACGCUAGCCGGAAUGACAAAUCCUAUUGGCUGUCCACUACUGCACCCAUUCCCAUGAUGCCUGUGGCAGAUCAGCAGAUAUCUGAGUACAUUAGCCGUUGCUCAGUGUGUGAGGCUCCUUCUCAAGCAAUUGCUGUCCAUAGCCAAGAUCUCAGCAUACCGACCUGCCCUCAGGGCUGGAGAAGUCUAUGGAUUGGUUACUCCUUCCUUAUGCACACAGCCGCAGGUGCAGAAGGAGGUGGUCAGUCAUUGGUGUCUCCCGGUUCUUGUCUCGAGGAUUUCCGUGCCACUCCCUUCAUCGAGUGCAAUGGUGCCCGCGGCACCUGCCACUACUUUGCCAACAAGUACAGUUUCUGGUUGACCACGGUCGAGCAGGACGAACAGUUCAUCGAGGGUCCUAGGCAGGAGACGCUGAAGGGAGAUGAGUACCGGUCACGCAUCAGUCGCUGUCAAGUCUGCAUGAAGAUCUUGUAGCUUGUGUAGAUGCACAGCAGGAGACUUUAAAUAAAUGAAUGGAAGAAGAGUGAUGAGAGGAGUAGAGGAAGAUAAAGGAAACGUAAACUGACUGAUUUGAUUUCAUGCCCUUGACAGUGGUAAUAUGAAGGGCUAAGGUAAGCCCUUGGUAAAUUAGGAGAAUAUCGGGGUUGGAAUGAAAAGAAGUGGAGAAAGAGAUUUUUACUCUUUAUCGGUUUAUUAUCAACAGUGGUGCUAUGUUGAAAGUAUAAUGUCAUGUUUUUGUGUUAAAGCUUUUUCCCUAAGUUGUUAGUCAUAUUCACGGCUACCUCAGAGAGUGCAUCCUAGACUCUUAGUGUAUGGCACGGAAUAAUACACCUUUAUUUUUCAGAUGAAGCCAUGAAACGAUGAAAACGAUGCAGUCUUUUCAUUAACCGGUUCUACUGCAUUGUAUGUAUAAUAUGUUUUGGCUUCAAUAGCCUAUAUUGGUGCUUUCUUGAGAAUAAUGUUAACCAGAUCUUCUUGUUUGCCAUUUGGCAAUAACGGACAAACCAGCACUUUGCAAUCUUCAUGAAUAAAGAUUGUGCCUCAUGGUUUUCCCUUGAAAUGAUUAAUCUAACCCAAUAAAUAUCCUACUGUAUAUGAAUUGCACUGAACUUAAAAGAAAAAAAGAAAAAAAUGUGUUCACAAGAUCACAUGCAGCUGAUCUAAAUUCAUCUAGUUCACCUAGUGUGUUCAAUGAUAAGAACUGAUAAGAACAUUCAAAAAUUCAUCAAACAUAAAUGAUGAGGAUGAUUAAUACCUUACAGAUCAUCUCUUGGUCUUUUAAGGUAUAGGUUUUCAUCCUCAGUAAUUCACACCAAAAAUGUGUAUAAUAUGUUUUAUACUCAAAAUAUCAUUUUUAGUUUUUAAAACAUCUAAUUUACUGUGUGCAUUGGAGAUGAUAAAUAGACUAAUUUUGAGUUAUCCAGUCUCUUAGAGAGAUUGGUUGAAACAUAACCACUAUGACCACUUAGCCUUUCAGUCUCUCAUUGGUAGCCCUGAGUAUACAUUUUCUUCUAUUUCAUCAUGUGUCUGUAAGUGGUUAGAUUGUUUUAUUAAUUUCAUCCUCUUGGUUAAAAGACAUACAUUAAUUCACUGUACAUUUAACAAUAAAGAAAGAUUUAACAACAUUUCCACAUUUAUGUUUUUUGGGGGUUAUUUUCUGAAAUAAAAAUUCUGUACAUUUGUGAAGAUUGGCCAUCACAAGUGGGUAAUUUGCUUAAUUAUAUUUUUUACUACUGUGAGACUAAAAAAUAAGAUGUAUAAUUUCAGAACCCGUAGUAAACAUUAUUAAAUUAAUUCAGACAAUAAAUAUGAGAGGAUGACAUUUCCCAGUAUUUCAUAUAGUGAUGUAAAUGUUUGAUCUGAAUGCUCACAGUGAGUAUAUGUAUGAAACCUGUCAAAUAAAAGUAUUCAAACUUC